AUGGCAUCGGAAUUUGUACCCGAGACAUCUGAAAUUGGUUCCUUGACGGCACACUCGAACGAGGACAGCCAGUUCGUCGGUAGCUCAAGCGGCGUCUAUUUCAUCAAGACAGUGAAACGUGCAUUCAACGGCCUAGAUGGCCCGGGUUCAUCCGAGUCCAACUUCCCCACGGCAGAGGAAACGCUCGUAGGUGCUGAAACCUCACCUCGUGACAAGCGCCAGCGCACCUCAUCUGUCAGAGACACUGCUUCGUCCUUGGAGGUGGUCGAAUCUCCCGCAGAAUGGACCUACGACCCAUCAUUGACGACGUCUCUGGGGAAUCUACCACCCCCAGAUGUGGCCAAGAGCCUGAUGAUGAUGUAUUUCAAAGUCUGGCACCCUUUGUUCCCGUUCCUGCAUGGUCCCACCUUUCUGCAGGCAAUGGAGAAAGUUUACUCGAGUGGAAAUCAAACCCAGCACACGCAGGAAAUCUGCAUAGACCACCGGAGUACAUGCUGGACAACCAUUUUCCAAUGUGUUUUCAAUCUAGGCGGUUUACUAGCGCCAGACUUAGAUCUACCGUCCGAGUCGAAGAUCCAAUCACCGAACAGUUUCAACUCUUUACUCGGGACUCUCUCUUCUCGACACGAUAUCGUUUCCCUGCAAGCGCUUCUAGCUAUCCAAGUCUAUCUCGUUGCGACCAUGUCACUUCGACAAGCAUCGACUGUCGGAGGCUGUAUCCUACGCUCAAUGCUGCAUGCAGGUCUCCACCGGUGUCCAUUUCGAUACAAGCAACUCUCCACCCACGACCGACAACUACGGAAGCGAGUCUUUUGGUGCGCGUAUGCGAUAGAUAGAUACCUGAGCCAGGCUUUGGGCUUGCCGCUUGGUAUACAGGAUUCUGACAUCGACGUGUGUCUGCCUGCUGCCCGGGAAAUGCAUUCCCCUCGAAGCCAGGCAACUCAGUAUGUGAAUGGUAACUCUGCGUCGCAGCACGACAACAAAGAAGAUCACGGCAAGGAAAGCGUUCUUGCUAGCUACGUUGACUCGGGGACUCUGACGGGCCGGGCAUUGGAGCUCUUUCAUAAAUCAAUAUUGGUUCGGUCUGUUCGUCGCAGUUCGGUGUUGUUCCUCGUGACGGACGUGCAUAAGUGGUGGAAUGGCCUUCCCGCCGAGCUUCAAAGACAUCCGGCGGUAUUUGGACAAAGGGUGGGAUCUGCGAUGGCAGACACUGCGUUUGAUUUUGCUCCUUUUUUCACUGUGCUGUAUCAGCAUCUUAUUCUGAUCAUUCAUCGGCCUUCGCUAUCGCUGGAUCCGUCGACUGCAGAAUUUUGUUCUGGAUUGCAAACUUGCAUUGGGGCUGCUCGGGCUAUCCUUUCGGCACUGAGGUUGCAAGUCGAUAGCCACCAGGAUUUAUUCUGGCCCGGUUUUCUGUCAGCUGCGUGGAUGUCUGGGUUGGUUUUGGCUUUGGCUUGUCAAUUGAACCAAUAUGUGUUGACAAAAGGUCUUCAGGAGAUUGAAGAAUUUUCGGGAUUCCUGCGUUUGAUGUCCACUCAAUGGGAGACAGCCAAACACUGCCACAUGUCGCUCUCAGUACUGGCCGCGAAAAUCCAACAGUCGGGAAGCGGCUCUGAUCCAACGUCAAACUCCCAAGCAUAUGUGACAAGGGGCUCUGAGGGAAGUCCGACUCUUGUGGAAUCUUUGACUGCCCGCGAGGAGAACAGACGGAGACUUGGUCAUCUAUCGCACUUUCAGGAAGAUCCUGGCUUAUCCGCAGAGCCGUCCAAUCUUGAGCAACGGAAUAACGUAUGGGGAGAAUCUGCACACAGGGGAAAUGAUCCCACGCUGGUUCCCUCGGCGUCGAUGUACCCGUCACAAAUGAACGAGCAGGGCAUCCUCGCUGAUACACCCUCUUCACUGCAGAUGGAUUUACAGGACACGAAUACCACACACCUUGAGGGGAUAUCUAAUUUCGACUUGAACAUGGUUGAUUUAAUCGAGGGUGCUAACUUUGACACUCUAUUCGAUAUGAUUGGGCAGCAAUUCCCAAGCUUCUAA